GCUAGCACGCCCGUUCACCCGCCACAGUUAGCACGGAUCAGACGUCCGCACCCCGUGUCAGUAACCAGCAUCUUAUUUAGCCGGAUGUUUGUUGUGACGUGGAUGCGGGGGUCAGUGCCGGGUCCCAGGCGGACUUGACUCGGUGUCUCUGCGGAACAACAGCGAACUUAGCUGAGUUAGCUCGGAGAGCUAGCGUCGGGUUGGCUAGCUCCGGUAGCAGAAAGCAGCUUAACGCGGAGCCGUGAGUCGCAGGUUUCAGGGUUUCUGUCCGGUUUCUGCUGAGCUGGUGCGACAGGCCCGAGACCACCAUCCGCAGUGUGGCAGGACGUCUGGGACUGUUUUGACGACAAACGGAAAUAAUCCCCACACUUUAUCUGACAGUCACAUUUACAGCCACAAACAGGUUCUUUCUCUUCAUAUUUUCUACCUUCAACAUCUGUUUGUUCAUAAGGAUUUGACCUGUGUUUGUUUUGUGUAACUCUGAGCUGGUGGUCGGCACAUAGGGGUCUCCUGAGGGCCAUGUUAAAGCUUCAGCUGCUCACUGUCAGCUCCUCCGUCACACCUUCAUCUUAAAACAGCGCCUGUGAAGUCUGUGAACUUGUGACCAGAGCAGACGUCCUGACACUGAGGCUGUCUCUGAUGAAGGUCUCAGCUCCUACACUUUGUCUUUGUGUACAUGAGGAGCUGGUGUUUUCUCUGUGAAGCGGCGGACCUUGUUUCUCCAGAGCUAACCAGUCGAUCAGCUGACGAUGGCCGAGUCCAGCUCGGAACCGGCAGCUGCAGAACUGCUGAUCGAACCCACUCUCACCACAGAAACCGUCUCCAAGGAACUGAUAGUAACCACGGUGACAGAGGGGUCGGGCCGAACGUUGGGGUCGGACACCGGAGUCAAGGUCCCGAGCAGCAACGGAGAUGCCGACAGUCCUCUACCCAGCAAAGAGGAGGCCACGCCCGCACCACAGGAGUCCUCAUUGGUGUCGUCUGAAAACGGGACUGUAACCAUGGUCACCACAGAAGAAGAAUCUGUGUCUGCUCUGCUCAGACACAUUGGGACUGAGGGAAGACAGAACAGAGCAGGAGACCCAGGUCUGGAGCUGGACCUGGAGGACAGCUCGUCUGUAGCCACGGCAGGUGGUUCAGAGGACCAGCGGGAGUCCACAGACUCGGCGUCCUUCUCCAUCCCCAGUCUGGAGCUGUCAGACGGGGUCACGGCCACAGGAAACUCCCUGGACGUGGAAGACGGCCUGUCCUCGUCCUACUCUGCUCUGGGCGCUGAAGGCUGCUCUCUGUCCACCGAGGUCCCCAGUCUGAAGGGCGAUGAGACGCAAGAAGCUGCAGGGGGCGCUGUCGCUGCUGCAGCAGCAGUUCCUCCUGCUGCCGCUGCCGCUGCCUCCUCCUCCACAGCUGCUGCAGCUGUGGAGCCCAGGCCGUCCAUGCCCGCGUACUACCUGGUGAAGUGGAUCACCUGGAAGGAGAAGAAGACCCCCAUCAUCACUCAGAGCGAGAACGGACCCUGCCCCCUGCUGGCCAUCAUGAACACACUCUUCCUGCGCUGGAAGGCGAAGCUUCCUGCUCAGACUGAAGUGGUCACCACCGAGGACCUGAUGGCUCACCUGGGAGAGUGUGUGUUGUCUGUCACACCCAGAGAGAAAGCUGAUGGGAUGGAGCUCAACUUCCAACAGAACAUGAGUGAUGCCAUGGCGGUCCUCCCUAAGCUCUCCACAGGUCUGGAUGUUAACGUACGUUUCACUGGAGUCACAGACUUUGAAUACACACCUGAGUGCAUCGUGUUCGACCUGCUGGACAUCCCACUGUACCACGGCUGGUUGGUCGACCCACAGAGUCCAGAGAUGGUGGCUGCUGUGGGGAAACUGAGUUACAACCAGCUGGUGGAGAAAAUCAUCGACUACAAACACUCUGCUGACAGCAGUCGAGUCAGUGAAGGUCUGGUAGCAGAGCAGUUUCUGGAGUCGACAGCGACUCAGUUGUCGUAUCACGGUCUGUGUGAACUCAACACGACGGCCAAAGAGGGAGAGAUCUCUGUGUUCUUCAGGAACAACCACUUCAGUACCAUGAUCAAACACAAGGGUCACCUGUACCUGCUGGUGACAGAUCAGGGUUUCCUGCAGGAGGAGGGUCUGGUCUGGGAGUCUCUUCAUAACGUUGAGGGCGAUGGGAACUUCUGUGACUCUGACUUCAGACUGUGUCAUCAGAGAGCUCCGCCCACCUCCACCCUGCCCCCCACGGCCCAGGACCAGCAGAGACAGAUUGACCAGGACUACCUGGUGGCGGUGUCCCUGCAGCAGCAGCAGGGCGGGGCCCCGGGGCCCCUCAGUGACCUGGAGUUGGCCCGUCAGCUCCAACAGGAGGAAUACCAGCAACAGCAGCAACUCCAGCAACAACAGCAACAGCAGCAGCAGGGAUCAGUGCAGGCAGCACAGCAGGUCAGAGGUCAGGGGUCACAGCAAGCCAGGAGGAGAGACAAGGACUCAGACUGUAUCCUCCUAUAGACUCUUCAUCAUCUUCAUCAUCUGUAACACACACACACGAGCACACACGAGCACACACACACACACACACACACACACACACACACACACACACACACACACAGUCAGCUCGAUGCCAAACCCCAGUGCUUUGUUCCACAGGUGACAGUUUGGGAUUCCAGGUUUGGGAACGUUUGUAAAUUUGUAAGAAAUGAAGAUGAAGUCUGGUAGAACACACAGGUACAACUGUAACAGUCUUUAUAAAGGGUUUGUAACACAUAACUAAUGUCUUUAUUAACAGUCAAUAAAAUCAUUUACUGAUGUUAAAUUGAUCAGUUAUAAAUCAUAUAUAAGAUACAUUUACAGAGCGUGUGGAGCUGAAACAGUUCAACAAAAAGAAAAUCUAAAAUAUUUUGCUAUUUUCACAGUUGUUUUAGUGCUUAUAGACAACAACAUAAUGAGAUCAGCUCUGGUUUACUAAUUUAAUUAAAUAAUUACAAAAAUUAAACUUUCUAAUUAGCCAUCAGUAGAAGCGAACCAGUCAUCUGCAGUUACAAAAGUUCAGUCAUUAAUUAAAGGCCUUUUUAAAAAUCCAAGAGGUGUGUGGAUUUAAAUAUUGAUCAGUGGUUAAAACACUGAUUUUGCCUCCGAUUAUCUUUGGCUUUUUGCAGAAGGUCAGAGGUUAAAUGAUUCAUUUGAACGUUUUACCUGAAGGAAAGAUGCAGUAAAAUUCUUGCUGGAGAAAGAACAGCAGCCACAACUGACAACCCAAAAGUUUUUCUUAUUGAUGGUUUAUAGCUGAUCUAUAAAGCUUUGAUAAAUGAUUUAUUAACCGUUAAUGAAGUGAUAAGUCACAAUUGUUACAUUGACAAUGGCACCAAGCGAUGAUGAAGGAAAAUUGGUGAAAACCUGUUUAUUUGAUCUGUAAUCUCUCUUUUAUUGACCAGAAUGACAUGAGCAGUUUUUUCUGAUGAGACCAGUUUCAUCAGCUGAAGCCACGUUUCUGCAUUAAUUCAUUUUUCCUGCUUGUUUUCACACCAGUGGAAAAUAAUAAUGGAUCAGAGUCAUUUUACAUGUUUUAGAAGAGUCGGACAGUCUUCUGUAAUUCUUCUCUUUUAUGAAAACUUGAAUUUAUGGAGCUUUUUAACCCUGAAAGUGCAUUUACAAAAGUAAAAGAAAAUCAGGUUUUCUCCAAAUUCCACUUCUAUAUUUCAUGAUUUUGACUUAAAUUUUUCCAUCCUCUGUGAAUGCUCCACCACAAUUAACAUUAAAAAGUUCCUGUUGUUGUUGUUAUGUGACCUCCUCUGAGGAACUUGAUCCUUUCCCAUUAAUCAGCCUCACUGCAGAUGAAACUAAACUUUAAACCAGGACGUCAGCAGAGACCAACCAUACAAAACUCCCUCCACUGAUUUUGUUUCCAUUGAUGCACAAAAUAAGCUCUGAAGUUCAAUAAAGUUUUUCAUUUUGAUAACUGUUGAUAUCUGGCUCCAGUUAUAGAGGAAGCUCCUUUUUAAACCCAUGUCAGUCAUUAUUCAUUUAUUACUAGAAAUUGAAUCUGUAUAUAUUUCUGGAGUGAGACCGGGAACGUUUCAGCCCCUGUUCAUGGUCAGACUCUUUCACUUCAGAUUUGUAACCGUGGUAACGGGACUGUAAGGCAGCAAAUGGCUUUACCUUUAUCCACAACUUUUCUAGAGACGGCGUCAAAUCCAACAUUUCUCAACAACUGAUGAGCAGGCUGCAGUGGAUCAGAAGGACAGUGUAUCGUGUGAACACCUGAGUUUUUUAAUCAGACUGAUCGUCAAAGCUCAGAUGUUGUCACUUUUUUUCCUCCUUUAGUUGUAGUUUGAAUUUUAAAUUUCUCUCCUGCUGACAGUUAAUUGGAACUUAAGGCUGAACUCUCGCUAAAAUUAGAACCAAAUUAAAUCUUACUUCUUUGAAGUUGUUCAUUAAUAAUUUACCUGUAAAAUAAACAGUUACGUAAAAAUAAAUAAACCAAAAUCUAAUGUGACAUUUUGUUGUUUUACUUAAACUGUGUUUCAUUAAAACGUGUUUAAUUACAGCAGGUAAUCUUUUAUGUUGGUGCCAACAUGAACCUUUUUCAUUCUGACAUUAGAGCAACACUUUUUUCUAAACCUUGUAUAAAAACAUUUUUCUACAGAAACAACAAUACAAUCUAAAACUAAAUGUCACAGCUGCUCAAAAACAUUUCCAAUAUAAAAUACAGGGGAAAAAAAGAUUGAAAUGACAAAUUUGUGAUCACAGCCCGAGUCAGGACAGAAAUCUGAUGAUGUGUUCACUGCCACCUGUCAGUGCUCGUCUGUUCUCACAGGUUUGACAGCUGGUCACAUUUGUUGACUGCAGAGCUUAUGACUGAGCAGAACUUUGAUCUGUAUGGAAGCUCGAACCUGCCUGGAAAAUAAACAGAUAAAAGAAAUGAUACAAGAAUAGUUCUUUUGAACUAAAUAUUUUUUAAUAGAAAUAUAAGUAGAAUUUCUAUCCUGCUGUAAUAACCGAGAUUUUCUCAUAUCUGGACUUUCUGAUUAAAUAUUUUGACUGUAGUUAUGAUUUAAUUUCAGAUAAAGUUUUCUCUUAUUAUCUCAUCCUAAUGAGCUCAUUUAAAACUUAGUAUCUCAUAGUUUUGUCAAAGUCAAAAAAAAUGACAAAGGUUCUCAGAUUUGUGACUUAAUUCUUUAUUGAAAACACAUUUUGAUUUAUAUAUUUAUGACUCAGUAUCAGAGUGUAAUUUUGUCUUAAGUCAAAAUGUUGAUGUAUUAAUGACUUAAAAUUUGGACUGUUCAUCAAGAUUUUUAAUGUAUCUAUCUUAUUAUUCUUUAAUACUUAAAGUCAGAAUUUUAACAUAUUGUUGGCUUAAUAUAAUCUGGACUCUAUAUAAGAAUUAUUUUUGAUUUAUCUGUAUUUAUAUCUGAAAAUUUUAUCUUAAGUGAAAAUGUUGAUUUAUUAUCCUAUAUAUAAUUUAUCUGAUCAUUUCUGACUUAAUAUCUCAGAAUUAUAUUUAUAAGUUAAACAGUUGGUUCAUUAUCUCAUAUUUGUCUCAAAAUUUUUGUAUUCAUGUAUUUUUGUCUUUUCCUGGCAGAUUCAAGCCUCUGUACAUUUAAAUCUGUUGUGGAAACAAACUGGACGAGAAAAAAAAGUUUUUUGAUUCUUUCGACUGAAUCCAUGUUAAUUCUGCUGCUGAUUCACAGUCCUGGUCUUAAGGCAUUAACAAAAACCAGGGCCAGUUCUGGUCUCUGAAAUGAACCAGAACAAAAUUCAGUAACACACUUGUCCUGAUUUAAACAACUUCUUUAAGCCACGUUGAACGGUUAACAUCUUAAACUGAGAAAUAAAAGUGUUCUCUAAUCAGAUGUUGGUUUCAGAGAAGUGCAUUUAGCACUUACAAUUUUCCCAUCAUGCCUCUGUGAGUGUUUCGGGGCAUCGUCGUUACUUUCUGUCUGUCAUCUGGUAUUUUUUUCUUUGGUGUGAUUGUUGAGCUUCAGUCUGACUGUCUGACCGCUGCCAUGCUCUGUUCAGCUUUGUAUUUAAUUUGUCAUGAUGUCAAAUUGUCAAUAAAAACAAAACCAAACCUUGA